AGACCGCUUCGUGAUCGUUGAUUUGUCUGCAGGGACGGAGGAGAUCGUGAUCAGCGACGAGGAAGACGAGGCCGUGGUCCGCUCCGCCCAGGAAGAGGAAGACGAGGCGUUCGCCCGGAGCCUGCAGGCCCAGUUUGACCAGGAGGAGACACACAGACAUCAGCAUCUUCAUCAUCGUCAUCAUCUUCAUCAGCAGAGCCACCACGGGUAUCAUCCCUACAUGGACCACAGCUGGACGCCACGUCUCCUGGCCGCUGUGUCUCCGCUGGUCGCCGUGGAGCACGAUCUGAUUGGUCAAACCAGAAGACGUGGGCGGGGCCGGAGGAGGAACGCCCAACCGGAGCUUUCAGACGACCUUCAGGGAAACGACUACGAGGCUCUCCUGGCGUUCGAGGACCGCCAGGGACCCGUCGUGUCCAGGAAGUUGACCCGGGGGGAGAUCCAGAGGUUUCCCACCAAAACCUUCGAGUCUGCCGGCGGCGCCGGGAACACGCGGUGA